AUGAACCGAAACGUUCAUCCCUCUGCAUCCAUGCUCAGCAUCGCCAAUACCGUCACUCACGUGGUUGGAGGGGAUGGCCUGGACUUCUGGACCGACGACUCAGGCUAUUGCAAGACAAUCGUGGGCGAGUCGGAGGGCGUGCACCGCCCGGCAGGAUUUGCUCGGCUCCACACGGCCGUCGGCGACCGCCUCUCCUUCACAUUUUCGACACAUCACGACCUCUGGAGCCUCGCCUCGCUCGAGGCCCUCGAGGCGUGCGACUUUGCCGGAGCCACGCUACUCGCCAACAGAAUGGGCGGCGGCGGUUGCGACGACGAGGCUGACCUGGCCUGCAUGGAGGCUGCGACGCCGUUUGUGCUCCGCGUCAACAAUUCUGAGAAAGACCUGUACCUCGCUUGCAACGUGAGCGACCACUGCUUCAACGGGCAUUUGCGCCUCGUCGUGCUUAUGAGUGAAGAGCGGGGCAGUCGGGGACCGCCGGUGGUGGUCCCCCUCUGGACCGACGACGCCGGGUACUGCAAGCCUCUCCCGCAGGCCUUAAUCGCUGGAGAGCACACAUGUGACUCCCGGCUGGUCUUCCCUUGCAACGUCUCCGACCCAGAGACGUGCCAGCACCACGGAGAGCACCAUCUAGCACCGGCGGCGUGGCCGCGCGGCUCGAGGCACGAGACGUUCGUCAUCCGCUACUCGUCACCACAAUAUGCGACAUCCCUCGUCGCGUGCGACUACGAGGGCGCCCGGCUGCUGGCGGGCCGAGAGCACGGCGGAGGGUGCGAGAACGACGCCGACCUCGCCUGCAUCGACGCGUCGGUUGGCUUCCGCCUCCGGCCGCGCAGCGUCGGCAAGUGGUUCCUCUCGUGCUCCGUCGGCACCCGCUGCGCCAGAGGGGGUCUCCGCCUGCUGGCCGACCCAUUGUCAUUGAUCGCAGCCCUUCAUACAAAAGGCGACCACUGCGCCAACGGGCAGACGCUCGUCGUCACUGUCGCCGAGCCGGCCCCUCUUGCGCCGAACGGCCUCUACACGUACGCAGACGUCGACCAGCCCGCCCUCAUCCCCUCUGCCUUCCCGCUCUUCGCAAGCAGAUUCGCCCCCUACCCGGGCUACUUCGGCCCGCUCGCGUCCGUCUCCGGCCAAGUCAGUCGGCUUGCGGCGCGGGGGAGGCUAGAUGCGGAAGGGUCGCCACAUUCCGACUAG